AUGACGAUGCUGUCCAUUUCGGUCCUCGUACUUUUCGGAGUCUCUUCCGUCAUCGGGCAGGUCACAUAUACUGGAUGCCACAACCAUUCAAGCGUCGAAUACUGUUUCGGCCCUGAUGGCGAAGAGACGGCACUUGCCACAUACGCUUCGGCCCCCAUGGUGACAACGUUCUCGACAUCAACGCUUCCCGCGUCUGUCUCAGCAUCAGUGACGACUGGACAAACUUCGGCUGUCACUGGAUGUCAUGCCCAUGAAACUAAUACCUUCUGCAUCGAUGGCAUUGGAAACGAAGUCCAAAUUUCCGGAACUACAACUGCGACUGGACCGCCACCAGCGCAGUACACCGACUGCCACUCGCACGGAGACCAUCAGUACUGUAUUGGUCCCGAGGGCGAAGAAGUCCAGAUCUUGGCCGAAGGUGCGCACUCAGAGAGCGACCAUGACGAAGCGUCUGGCGAUAAUGCUGAUAUGGACUGUCAUUUUCACGCCGGUGUUGAACACUGUGUCCCCAAAGGCGGGUCGGAAAGCAGCUCCUCUAGCUCUGCAACGUGUGAGCUUCAGGAGCGAGACUACAACAUUGGGCUGCGCGUUGGAACCCUGUUUGUGGUUCUGGUUACGAGUGCAGUUGGUGUCUUUACACCAAUAUUCAUGGCCCGCCUACCUUUCCAAAGUGUCAACUCCAUCAUUUUCACCACGGUCAAGCAAUUUGGAACUGGGGUGAUUAUCUCGACAGCGUUUGUUCAUCUUUACACGCAUGCUUCACUCAUGUUCAACAACCAGUGUCUGGGGAGAUUGGACUACGAGGCGACAACCUCAGCCAUCGUCAUGGCGGGUAUAUUUCUCUCGUUCCUCUUCGAAUACCUUGGACAUCGUAUCAUCCUGGCUAAAAGCUCUGGAAACCAUGCAGAUGCAAUUGCGUACGGCACAACUUCAAGUUUGCCGACGAAAGAAGACGGGUCUACCCCAACCUCUGCUGCCUCAGUCCAAGCUGUGAACUCUGCUCGAGGCCCAGGAGUUUCACGCAGCCUCGCAAAUCUAGGCCACAACCACGGUUCGCCCUUUGAUCCGACCAAUCCAAACUCGAAAUUGUCCGUCUCCAUCAUGGAAGCCGGUAUACUGUUUCACAGCAUUUUGAUCGGCCUCACCCUCGUCGUUGCCGGUGAUUCAUUCUAUAGGACCCUCUUGGCUGUCAUUGUGUUUCACCAAUUCUUCGAAGGUCUGGCUCUAGGUGCGAGAAUCGCUCUGCUACCCGAAGGAAUGGGAUCUUUUUGGCGCACCAAGUUCCCCAUGGCGACGGCAUUUGCUCUCAUCACGCCUCUGGGUAUGGCAAUCGGGCUAGGUGUCAUACACAGUUUCAACGGAAACGACAGAGACACCAUUCUAACCAUUGGUACUCUUGAUGCACUUUCUGCGGGUAUUCUAGUUUGGGUCGGCCUUGUGGACAUGUGGGCCAGGGACUGGAUCCUUGAAGGGGGAGAGAUGACGGCGAGCGAUUUGGGCUACGGGAAGAUUGGCCUUGGUCUCCUGAGUCUUGUUGCUGGCUUCAUUGCGAUGAGUGUGCUUGGCAAGUGGGCAUGA